UGCCAAGCUCCCUAUUAAAGAGUAAGCGCACCAUAAAAUCUACAACACAUUCUUCCAAUACAAAAAAGAACAACAAACUCCUAAACCCCAAACCCCAUCCAAAAUUCUAAAUCCAAAAAAAUAAAAAAUAAAAAAAUAUCCAUAUAUGAAAAUUAGUGUACUCCCUUCAUAACCAGUUGUGCUCUGUUUUCAGAGAGGAAAACAAGAACAAAAAAAAAAAAAAAAAAAAAAAAAAAAAAAACAGAGAAAAAAGAGAUAUAAAAAGAAGAGACCAAAAUGGAUGAUUAUGGGUUAUUGGGAAUUUUAAUGAUCUCAAAAUCAUUAAUAUUAUCAUUGAUUUUAUGGGUUUUAGCAAUGAGAAUAAUGGUAGUUUUAUGGUGGAGACCAAGAAAAAUAGAGUCUCAUUUUGCCAAACAGGGAAUUAAAGGACCUCCAUACCAAUUUUUCAUUGGCAAUGUCAAAGAAAUUGUUCAACUCAUGUUGCAGGCUUCUUCUCAUCCUAUGCCUUUGUCUCAUAAUAUUCUUCCUAGAGUCUUCUCUUUUUACCAUAAAUGGAGAAAAAUUUAUGGUGCAACAUUUCUUGUGUGGUUCGGACCCACAGCUCGCUUAACUGUCUCAGAUCCAGAUCUUAUAAGAGAAAUCUUUAGUUCCAAAACUGAAUUGUAUGAGAAAAUCGAAGCCAACCCAUUAAUGAAACAAGUAGAAGGUAAUGGGCUAAUUAGCCUUAAAGGUGAGAAAUGGGCGCACCAUCGGAAAAUUAUAACUCCCACCUUCCACAUGGAAAAUCUUAAGUUGUUGAUACCAAUGGUGGGAAAAAGUGUAGAGGAAAUGCUAGACAAGUGGAACCAUAUGAUGAGGGAAAAAGGAGAUAGAGAGGUGGAAAUCGAAGUUUCAGAGUGGUUUCAGGGGUUGACAGAGGAUGUGAUAACAAGAAUGACAUUUGGAAGUAGCUAUGAACAAGGGAAAGCCAUUUUUAAGUUACAAAGCCAACAAAUGAUCCUUGCUGCUGAGGCUUUUCAAAAGGUUCUCAUUCCUGGUUAUAGGUUUCUACCAACAAAGAGGAAUUUGAAGUCUUGGAGAUUAGAAAAGGAGAUUAGAAGAUCAUUAGUAAAGCUGAUUGAGAAAAGAAAAUCAGAGAAUUUCAAUCAAAACUAUAUUAUUAAUGAUAAUUUUAUUAUUGCCCAUAAUAAUAAUAAUAAUAAUAAUAAUAAUAAUAAUAAUAUUGGAUCAGAGGAAGGAGGAAGUGGUGGGCCCAAGGAUUUACUGGGACUAAUGAUCCAGGCUGGGAUGAGAGAGAAUGAUAUAAAUGACACUCCAGAAAUUGCCUUCAAUUCUUCAUUAUCAUCCUCAUUAAAUCAUUCCCCACAAUUAUCAAACACUAAUUAUAUUAUUAAUGAUAAUCAAAGCAAUAAUAGUAUAACCGUUGAUGAUAUUGUCGAAGAAUGUAAGAGUUUCUUCUUUGCUGGGAAACAAACGACGUCGAAUCUGCUGACGUGGACAACUGUGUUAUUAGCAAUGCAUCCACAGUGGCAAGAGCUGGCACGUGAGGAGGUCUUAAGAGUGUGCACAUCACGUGACAUCCCUUCUAAGGAUGAUCUUGCUAAGCUAAAAAUGUUGAGCAUGAUUUUGAAUGAGUCCUUGCGUUUGUACCCACCAGCAAUCGCAACAAUUAGAAGGGCAAAAUAUGAUGUUGAGCUCGGUGGAUGUAGGGUCCCACGUGGAACUGAGCUACUUGUCCCAAUCCUAGCUGUUCAUCAUGAUCAAUCAAUAUGGGGGAAAGACGCUAAUGAUUUCAAUCCCCUACGUUUCGCUGAUGGUGUUUCUCGUGCAGCCAAUCAUCCGGUUGCUUUCAUUCCUUUCGGUCUUGGGGUUCGCACUUGCAUUGGACAAAAUCUUGCUAUUGUACAAGCCAAGCUUGUGCUCAUUACGUUACUACGACGCUUCUCCUUUACAUUGGCCUCAUCUUAUCAACAUGCACCAACAGUAUUGAUGCUUUUAUACCCACAGCAUGGCGCACCAAUUGUGUUCCGAAAAUUGGUGGGGGACGAUAGAGGCGAUGUGGGCCCUACUUAACAAGAUCGUGGAUUGUGAUCUAGUUGGUGAAGUGUAUGUCUAAGGGGGUUCAUCUCGUCUUUAUGUGUUUGUGCAGGGUGCUAUCUUGUUCAUAAAGUAACUAUCAAAUAUUUUUAUUUUUUCAUUAGUUAUGUACGUUGUAAUUGAGUUUAACUAAUUAACGUUUAUGAUAGGAUUAAAGCUUAAAAGAAAUUGCAAUUCAAUCACAAAUGGGUGAAAUUGCUAAUGUUUCAAUUGUCAUGAUUACUAACAUGGAGUGCUUAGUGAUUAUGAACAUCUUGUAAUCUUCUUAAGAGGUCGGAAGAUAUUAGGUGGUAGCAUCUUGACUCUUUGCUUAAACCUUUUAGGUCUAGUUAUGUGGGAUAAGGUGUUUUGGUAAGUAGUAGUUGAUAAAAAGAAGAUAAAAAGUUAGGAAAAGGUUUGAACUUGAGAGUGAUAUGUAUUUAUUUCAUAUAGUUAUUGAACUCUCAUGUAUGUAUUGUAGAACUUGGCUCAUAACUUUUGUGAAUUGGAAGAGUUAUGGUCUUAUUUAUAGCUAAUUAAGUUCAAAAAGGACAAACAUAUUAUCAUAUUUAAACCAAG